UUUUCUGGUCGCGUACAUGAUGUGCUAAAGUUGCGCAUGCGUCAAAUGCAGCUGCAAGUUCUAACCAGCUUAACUGUCAUCCAGAAGGCAGGAGAGUUCUUAUGACCUCUGCAAUGAAAAUCUCCAUUCCAAUCUCUUUCAGAAAUACAAAUUACCUUUUAAGUUUAAGAACGUUAAAAACAGUUAGAGGAUUACCGACAAAUUUUGCCAGUAAAUUGGCUGUGGAAGAACAAAAAUAUCCAGAUUUAUUGAAAAGAUGUGGUGUAGCUUUGGAUUUCAAUAAUGGAAAAGCACUUCAUGCAAAACUAAUGAAAGAAUCAUUACUUUCAUCACUUUUUCUUCAUAACCAUCUUUUGAAUAUGUAUGUGAAAUGGGGUGAUGCGGACCAAGCUUGUAAGUUGUUUGAUGAAAUGACUCAAAGGAACGUUGUUUCUUGGUCAUCCAUUAUUACUGGUUUAGUUCAGCAGGGGUUUUAUGAGAAAGGCUUAAGUUAUUUUUGUUUGAUGCAUCGGGCUGGGUGUAAGCCUAAUGAGUUCACCUUUGUAAGUUCACUAAAUGCUUGCUCGUUUAUAGAGGAUUCAACACAAAUGUACCAACUAUAUUGUUUGAUUAUUCAAUUAGGAUUUGAAUCCAAUGUGUUCUUGACAAAUGCAUUUCUUUCAGCUUUGUUUCGGCAUAAGAAAUUAAAUGAAGCAAUGGAGUUGUUUGAGAAAUGCCCUGGAAGAGAUAUCGUUUCCUGGAAUUCAAUGAUUGGUGGGUUCUUACAGAUGUCACAUUCAGAAAUCCCUAGUUUCUGGUGUAGGAUGAAUCACGAAAGGGUGGAACCUGAUAACUUCACGUUUUCGAGUAUUCUUACGGGUUUGGCUGCUUUAUCGAAUUUGCAAAUGGGUUUGCAGGUUCAUGCACAGCUUGUUAAGUAUGGGCAUUUGGAUGAAAUUUGUGUUGGGAAUUCUUUAGUUGAUAUGUAUUUGAAGUGUCAGAAAUUUGUUGAGGCUUUGAGGGUGUUUAACGACAUGCCUCAUAAAGAUGUACUCACAUGGACAGAAAUGGCUUCCGGAUGCUUACAGUGUGGCGAACCAAGUGAAGCUCUCGAGAUUAUUGCACGGAUGAGAAAAUUUGGUGUGAAACCUAAUAGGUUCACAUUAGCAGCUGCAUUUAACGCAUGUGCAACUUUACCUUCGGUGGAAGAAGGUAAAAAAGUUCAUGGGUUAAGGAUUAAACUGGGGGAUGAAGCUGAUGUUGCCGCCGAUAAUGCCUUACUUGAUAUGUAUGCAAAGUGUGGAUCAAUGGAGGAUGCAUGGGGGGUAUUCUGGUCAAUGGAUGAUAAAUCAGUGGUUUCUUGGACUACUAUGAUAAUGGGUUUAGCACAAAAUGGUUUCGCUAGAGCAGCACUGGAGCUCUUCGAAAGAAUGAUCUUAGAAGAAGCUGUUCCAAAUUAUAUAACCCUUGUUUGUGUUUUGCAUGCAUGUGGGCAAGGAGGGUUUAUUGAUGAAGGAUGGCAGUAUUUAUCAUCCAUGACUCACAAAUAUGGGAUUGUUCCCGGGGAAGAUCACUAUGCGUGUAUGGUGCUUCUUCUUGGACGGUUGGGUCAGGUUAAAGAAGCGGAAGAUUUUAUUCGAAGAAUGCCAAUUCAACCGGGUUUACUAGUUUGGCAAACUUUGCUUGGUGCUUGUUCUGUUCAUGGAGAUAUUGAAACUGCAAAGAUAGCAGCGAAGGAAGCUCUUUCCCUAGACAAAGGAGAUCCUUCAACUUAUGUGUUGUUAUCGAACACUUAUGCUGACUCAAGCAAUUGGGAUGACGCUUCAAAGUUGAGGAAAUUAAUGAAGAAUACAGAUGUAAAGAAGAAACCUGGAUACAGUUGGAUUGAACUAGCUGGGAGUGGUUAAUUGAUAUCAGAAUUUGCUUCUACUCCAUUUUUCAGAGCUUUCUGGACUUAAAAGCAUUAUGCAGUCGGCUUCUUCGGCAUGGUCAUACUUCCACAACUGAAGGUGUCAGGCACACCGAGAGAGAUUCAAAACAACUACUGUUAUCCCGGUUCUUGCUUGCAGAAUCCCUCCAAGGAACCUGAAAUAGUUGCUACUUGAACAAUAUAUUCCUGGAAACUACAAUUUCCUAUGAGAUUGUUUUUAGGCUGUUGAAGUUCUUAGUCUGUGCUCUGAAUUUUUCGAAAAGCAGGAACAGAUUCUUGAUGGAAACCGUAGACCCCUUAGUCCAGGGUAUUUGCUGGGUUUUUGAAGAUAUACUAGUUCACACAGGCUUAAGGAACCAAUGCACGCACCUAGAAACACUUAGUGCCGUGGAGUAUGGUAUGGAUGAAGAACUCGAAGCCAUCUUAUGGACUAGGCCAGCUAGGCUGUUGCCUAGAGCCUCAAUAUGUUGAGGACAUAGUGUCUAUCAUUAUUCUUUUUGAUAGUCAUAUUUUUUAGCUAUAGUGAAAGUCGUUUGUUUUGUAAUU